CCCCAGUCUCCGGGGCUCAGUAAAUGGCGGCGGCUUCGCUGGGGAGGAGGCGGGGCCGAGGCCGAGAAACUUUAUAGCCACGCCCACCCCGCGGGCCCCGCGCUUCCGGUGCGGCCCCCACAGCGCGAGCGCAGCGGCCGGGCCUCGCAGGGACAGCGGCGCCCGCGAGGCCCGAGAGGAAGCGGCUCGCGGGAUUCACCUCCCCCCCGGCGGGCGGCGCGAUGGAGGGCCUGACGCUGAGCGAGGCGGAGCAGCGCUAUUACUGCGACCUCUUCUCCUACUGCGACACCGAGAGCACCAAGAAGGUGGCGCCCAACGGGCGGGUGCUGGAGCUGUUCCGCGCCGCGCAGCUGCCCAGCGAGGUGGUCCUGCAGAUUAUGGAACUUUGUGGUGCAACAAGACUUGGAUAUUUUGGAAGAAGUCAGUUCUAUAUUGCUUUGAAACUUGUUGCUGUGGCCCAGUCAGGUCUCCCUCUAAGAGUGGAAAGUUUAAAUACAGUAAAGGACCUCCCUCUACCCAGAUUUGUUGGUCCAAAGAAUGAACAGGAAUUGAGACACACAGCCUUGUAUUCUUCAGAUGCUGAUAACUCAACCCCAUAUUCAGGUGUAAUUCCUCCCCCACCCGGCCGGGUUCAAGUGAAAAAAGGCUCUGUGAGCCAUGAUGCAGUCCAGCAACGUACAUCAACAGAUCAACAGGAGUCCACAUCUCCAGUUGUUUCACCACAGCAGUCCCCACCAACCUCUCCACAUACAUGGAGGAAGCACAACCGCCAUCCCAGCGGAGGGAAUAAUGAACGACCUCUUGCUGGACCUGGGCCUUUUUGGGCUCCAUUUAGUGAAGCACAGCCAGGCUCAUCUACUACUGGUGAUUCCAUAUGGUCUGGCCAUUCCCCGCCACCACAUCAAGAAAACUGGGUCAGUUUUGCAGAUACCCCACCAACCAGUACUCUUUUAGCCAUGCAUCCUGCUUCUGUCCAGGACCAGACAACAGUACGAACUGUAGCAUCAGCUACAACUGCAAAUGAAAUUCGUAGGCAAUCGAGUAGUUAUGAUGAUCCCUGGAAAAUAACUGAUGAACAAAGGCAGUAUUAUGUAAAUCAGUUUAAAACCAUUCAACCUGAUCUAAACGGAUUUAUUCCAGGGUCUGCAGCUAAAGAAUUUUUUACCAAAUCAAAACUACCUAUUCUUGAGCUUUCUCACAUUUGGGAACUGUCUGAUUUUGAUAAAGAUGGCGCAUUGACACUGGAUGAGUUCUGUGCUGCUUUUCAUCUGGUAGUUGCUAGGAAGAAUGGCUAUGACUUACCUGAAAAACUACCUGAAAGUUUAAUGCCCAAACUGAUUGAUUUGGAAGACACAACAGAAGUUGGAGAUCAAUCUGGUGAGGUAGGUUACUCCAGCUCUCCAGCAGAAGCACCUCCAAGCAAGUCUCCAUCAAUGCCAUCCCUAAACCAGACCUGGCCAGAACUAAAUCAGAGCAGCGAGCAGUGGGAGACAUUUAGUGAACGCUCUUCAAGCUCACAAACUCUGACCCAAUUUGAUUCUAACAUUGCACCAGCUGAUCCUGAUACUGCUAUUGUUCACCCGGUUCCCAUUCGAAUGACUCCAAGCAAAAUCCACAUGCAGGAAAUGGAACUUAAAAGAACUGGAAGUGAUCUUGCUAAUCCCACUAGCCCUCUACUUGUGAAACCACCUGACCUCUCAGAAGAAAAUAAUAUGAGUUCAUCAAAAUUUGUAGCUGGAAAUACAGUUGAUGGUUACAGCAGUUCAGACUCCUAUACUUCAGAUCCAGAGCAGAUUGGAAGCACUGUAACUCGGCAACGGUCACAUUCAGGAACAUCUCCAGAGAACACUGCACCACCCCCACCCCCUCCUAGACCUCAUCCUUCACAUUCUCGAUCAUCAUCUUUAGAUAUGAACAGAUCCUUUACAGUUACUCCAGGACAGCAACAAGCUGGAGUUGUUGCCUACCCCCCUGCAGUGCCUCCAAGACCACCGCCCUCACAGGGUGCAGGUCCUCAUGUGCAUCGUUCAGUGGAUGCUGAAAGCCUAAUAACGCAUACCAGUACCUCACCUCAGCAAAUACCAGAACAGCCAAAUUUUGCAGACUUCAGCCAGUUUGAGGCAUUUGCUGCAUCAGGUGUAAAUGAAGAGGAGGAGGAUGAAAUUGAAACACAUUCAGAAGUCUUGCAGGUUGAAAAACCCUCUGAUUCUGCAGGCUCCCUUAGGGUUGCCAAAACAGAUGGCAGAGUUGAAGACAAGGCAGCUGCUAGUGUCCCUGUUAAUGCGGGAAAAGGCACCACACCUCUUGCUCCACCACCAAAGCCUAUUCGCAGAAGGUUAAAAUCAGAAGAUGAGCUGAGACCUGAAGUUGAGGAGCAUACACAGAAAACAGGUGUCAUAGCUGCUGUUCUUGCUUCACAGCCAUCUAUCCCUAGAUCCGUGGGGAAAGACAAGAAGGCAAUUCAGGCAUCAAUUAGACGCAAUAAGGAAACGAACACUGUUUUGGCCAGAUUGAAUAGUGAAUUACAGCAACAGUUAAAGGAUGUUCUUGAAGAGAGAAUCUCCCUGGAAGUCCAACUGGAACAGCUUCGACCCUUCUCUCACCUAUAAGCCAAUUGCCGUUAAUUGUGAAUUUACUAAAUUUGGAAAGGGGGAUUGGGUUCAAAGCCUAUUGAAGACCCAUUCAUUCAGCUCAAUGCGCUCUAUUCAACAUUAAAUUUUGUGAUUCUGUUCUGUCCAGUUUGUCCAUCUUUGCAUUUAAAUAUUUUAACUUCAGUCAAAAAAAUCAGGAUAACUUUUUUCCUUUAAUGUUGUGUAUCUUGGCACUGCCUCCCCUGCCAUUUCCUUGGGAGUGCAUGAUCUUUCUGCUGGAGUUGAGUUUGCACAAUUUCAGUGGCCAAAACUUCAAACUGGAAUUAAUUACCUAAUCGUUUCUAUAUUUCAUGUCAAAGAAAAGGACAGCUUAUCAGUUAACUUUUAACAUUAAAGCACACAUAUACCAUAAAUGCCUCUUACAUUGCAGCAUUUAUUUUAUUGUGUAAAACAGGAAAACUAAUCUGGUAUGUGAACCAAAAUUGAUCUCCCAAACCACCUUUCACAAUUUAGCAAGUAAUUCACAAUUCCAGAAAGCCUGCCUUUUUUGCAAUAAAGUAGCUCCCUCAGGCUGCCACAGAGUUUCUUGCAGGCUACCUUGCCAUAUCAGCUAAAAUUGGUUAUUUCAUCUUUGUUUCAUACUUUGUGCAGUAUGUGACCAGAUUGCCAGGUGUUCACAUUUUUCCACUCAUGAUCUUGAUUCAGCCGCAUGCAUAUAAAUGACCUAUGGUACAACUGAUACUAUACGUAACAGACCUUCCUCGGUCAUCUCUUCUGUGAAAAGAAUUGGGUGUUAAUUCCCAAUGUAUUGAUUGCACAUUUCCUGAGCACUACCUGUAAAUGCAUGCUUCACACAUUACCUUUUAUUAACAGAUCAUAUCCACCAGUCUUUACUGUAACAGAUUGUACUGUCAAGUAAUGUGUCAAUACCUCUCUGAACUUCUAAUUCCCAGCCAAAAAAUAAACAGUUUGUUUCUUAGGACUUCUGGGUUACCUUCUGUUACCUUGUCUCCAGGCCUUAUUCUUCUGGCAUAUAGACAGGUUUCACUAUUAACAAAAGUUCCCUGAGUGUAUCCUGUUAUUGGGGUUGAUGUACUGUAUUAGGUUUUGUUGUAUAUUGUAUGAUACACACCUUUUGAUCUCAUAUGUAAAUUUGCAUUAAUUGCUGACUAACAGCAGAUAUUCUAUUUAAUGGCUUCUUCUGGCUGUGGGAUCAUAGAUGUUAAACCGCAUGGAUGUAUCUCAGCAGAAUCAGAACUAGCAAUUGUGUGAUUUUUACACCAAUAAAACAGCACAAUAUUUUAAUUUUGUUGAUUCAUCUUUAACUGGAACUUGUAACUCUCACAAAUCUGCAGGAAUAUAUUUUUUAAUCUUUUUGAUGGCAGUCACAAGGAGCAGUAGAUCCCUUUGUUCUUCUAGUUUUCAGCUAUUGGCCAUCUUGGAUUUUCUUGGUAAAGUGAGGCUAGCCUUCGUUUAUGUUAAUAUAGCAACACAAACUGUGUCUCGUUUCUAGAGUACAAGCAUAAGGGAUGCAGUGUGGUGCAGGAUCUGCCACUCACCUACUGGAAGAAUUUAGUAAGUCGUGUUACCUCUUUGUGCCUUAGCUUCCCCAUCUGUAAAAUGGGAAUAAUGAUACUGACCUCCUUUGCAAAGCUCUCUGAGAGCUAUUGAUGAAAAGCGCUAAGGUAGAAUGGAUAUUAUCUUACAUUUAGAAAUAAACCUAGGCAUCCUGUAUAAAGGCAGAAUGCUGCUACAGUGUAACUCUUGGGUGAAAGAAGGUCACUAAUAAAUUACAUUAACUAGAUUUCUGUGACAGUACCUUCUGAAUGUAAUCACACUAAAUGGAUCAGUUUAGAAGCCCUUGACCUUCCCUGCUUCACUGUUGGUUUUAAAUUAGUUUCUUAACCACAUUACCAAUUGAUUAUUGAAAAGAACAUUUUAAAUCAAAUUUUCCACUGUAUAUGCUAUUUACUACUUGCAAUUCUGUUUGGACAGUGAAAAUAGAUUAGUAUGUUUCCCUUUCUGAUUGCUAUACAUUGACAGGUUACUUGCAGUUGUUAAAAAUACUGUGGGGGAAUUUUACCACUUUUAACACCUGUUCCAGUUAUAUUUUUUGAAAAUGUCAUGGAAACAUUACUGUUUUCUUUUGAACAUAUGCAAACUAGCAUUCCUUAACAUAGAAGUAAUGAAUUUCACACUGUGAAAUGAAAAAAGUAAAUCUUUUUAUUUGCAUGUAGGUGGAUUGAUUUCUAUAAUGAAUAACUUGUUUAAAAAAUAACUUGUUUAAAAAAUAAACUUCCUAUGUAGAAAUCACA